AUGAUCAUCAAUUUUGGUAUCAUGAAGGAGUACUGGAGCUCUACAACCCAAGCCCAUAUGCCAUUUUAUCAAGGUCGAUGUCUUACUGGCACUCCUGUGUUUGGAUCAAUCAAUAACUACCUGGGAGUCAUGCCUGGUCGCUGUGAUGACCUCGAGUCACUCAUAUAUAUGUUGAUUUAUUUCAUUCGUGGCUCCCUUCCAUGGUUGACUAGCGACCAUGAGAAGCUCUCUAGCUCCUCGAUACUGGCACACAAGGUGGACACCAAUAUCGAAGCCUUGUGCCUCAGAAUUCCUCCUGAAAUCACAACCAUGCUCAUUUACUCACGUAAUCUCGCAUUCUCAGAGGAUCCUGACUGCAAUUAUCUUCGAUCUUUGCUACAUGAUGUUUAUGCCACAUUACCUGCACCAGCCAUGCACUCACUGGAUUUCAGCCAGUCUAAUGAUCUUGUCACACAUCCGGCUUGUCAUGUGUGA